GACGGACUGACAUGUGAUUGGUCGACGACGUGCGCGCUCCCGUCGUCUCCUCCCGGUUUUCCUGGCAUGACCUUUUCCCUUGGCAACCACUUCCUUCCUCCGAGCAUCCAACGGCCAUCUUUAAUCGCAACUCCCCCAUCGAAAAGUUAUUUUCUCGCAUGUAAACACGGUGGAAGCGGAUCGUUUGUCAGCACCGAGGACGAGGAGUGCGGGUUACUUCUCUCCGGACACCAGCCCCUCCCCUGAAGCGAAAAGAAGGACCGAAGCGGGGCUGUCGCGUUCACAAUAACGAAGGAUGAGGAAGAAGCAGACGGCCAAGCAGAGGAAGACGGAGGAUUCUUCUGAGGUGCAGCAAUUUGUGGUUGAGAAGAUUACUCGCCGUAGGAUCGUCAAUGGUAGAGUGGAGUACUUCCUAAAGUGGAAAGGCUUCACGGAUGCAGAAAACACGUGGGAGCCUGAAGACAACCUAGACUGUCCUGAGCUGAUUGAGGAGUAUCUGAGAAAUAGUUUCUCGCACCAGAAUGAGGAAGAAGAGCAGGAGUUUGUUCCGAAAGAAGAAAUGAUGGAUGAGACAGAAAUUUCCCCACCACAGAUACAUACUCAGCCCUGCGGUGAUGAUCCAGACACGCUCGCAGAUCUGAGCGCUUACCCCGAGCUUGAAUGCAUCAUUGGCUCCACCGACAGACGAGGAGAGCUCGUGUUUUUAGUCAAAUGGAAGAACUCUGGCGACGUGGCCCUGCUGCCAGCCCACGAGGCGAGCGCCAGGUGCCCUCAGGCGGUCAUCGACUUCUACGAGCAGAAGCUGACGUGGCACUGCGGAGAUGACGAACAAUGACGCGCGCCGUCGCAGAUCGAGGUGAACCUACGCUGUGAUGUUGUGAAGUUUCCUUUUACCUCUCUUGAGCGGCGUCGCUCAGCUGACCUCAAGCACAUAACGGACGCUAAGCGCUACCGUUUUUGCAGCUAAUUAGCCUUUAGCCUCUUUUCGUGUUAUCAUGUAGCACACCCUAUCACUGUGGACUUGGUAUUAUUUUUUAAGGUAGUCGAUUGUUUCUGCUCAUUUUUUUUUUUUCCUCCAGUGUGUGUUGUAGCACAUUUUCGCAUUAGGCAGUGAACUGACAUCUCUCAAUUAAAUCUAUGGUCAGUGGAGCAAGAAGAAAUUGUCUUAUUACUGAAGAGGUAGCUGCAAUGUAAACUUAACACCUGUGAUAUGAAGCGCAAAUCAUCUUGUUUGAAUAUUUAAAGCAAAAGUAGUUUAGGAACAAUGACAAAUGUGCUGUACUGGAUUAAAAAUAAGUUUAUGCCACUGUAAUAUACUCAAGUUACCACUGUGCUGUUUGACUAGCAGAUGCUCAAAAGAGAAAUGGGAUCCGUUGUGGGAAGGAGGCUCAACUGCGAGUUGCGUUUUUCAACUUAAUAAAACACUGGCAUUGAAAUGGAAGAAAUCAUUUUGACCAUAGAUAAGCAAAGGAAUUGAAUUACAUUUGAAUCUUUUCAUCGGUCAUGCGUGUGCGCUUUGUUUGUUUUUUUUUUGCUUCAAAAAUGUUGAGUGGAACAACAGCAAAUUAUUUUCACAUUUGUGUCCCUGUUGCCACACUUUUUGGGUCAUGUUUUUAUUUAUUUUAAUGGAAGUGUGUUGUGUUUAUGUGAAAGCUAGUUCCAUUACUGUGUGGCUGUUUUUCAAAGUUCCUAAAGCUUUUAAAUAAAUGGAGUAGAGGCUUUACUGAUUAAAACCACUGGGGGCAAGGGUUAAGUGCAAAGUACUUACUAAAUGUACUUUGUUACUUAUUUUUUUCUUUUCUGGUUGUAUCCUGCUAAGUGUAUUUUGUGGCUGAUGUUUUAUUCAAAAUUGUUGCCCAGCUUAUCUCAAAUUAGCUGCUUUGUACCAAAUAUUUUAUUCCCUUUUUUUUUUCCCUUAAGAGGUUUUGUUCAUUUAAACCGGUGCUGUUCACCACAGAGCAAAAAAAGCAAAACAAAAAAGUCGCCUUACUGCCCUUAAAGAGUUGUGCAGUUUUUUUUUGCAUACAAUCUCCCAAAAAGUUCAACGUAGCACUUUAGAUGUCAUCGGUCAUUUCCUCCUCACGUGCGAGGGACAUAUCCUGUUCUAGCACGCUCGACCUAACCUUACACCUAACAAAACACACCUACUCAACUACUGAGCGGUUCUUACCGCACGUGUGUGUAGAGAUUGUAGAUCUGUGACGCGGCAACGAAUAAAAGAUUCCUUGUGUGACCUUUA